AUGGAUCAACCUCCUGUUGUCGAAGAGUCUGCGCGAAGCCCCCUGUCACCAGAUCUUCAGAUGACGCCGGAGGUAGAACGAGAGCUGGAGCUUUGGCGGAUGACAGGAGAGCCGCCGUUCCCUGAACUUCGCAUGACUUCCAAAUCAUAUUGGCACCGGUUCUCUAGCAUUGACCUUCGCUUGAUACACCACAUUGCCGGCUUGUCCAUCGAUAUGCAUCAACGCGGCUACAGCGGCUGUACUGUUUGGGCUCAAAAGAUGCCAGCAUUUUUGGCCAUUGCUCUGUCAAACGACUUUGUGCUGAGCGCUGUUCUCGCUCUGUCAGCAUCACAUCUUGCAUGGCAGACCAAAAACACAGAAACAGAACAUCUCGCAUACCAACAUCGAGGCGUUGCUCUGAAAGGCUUGCACGAAGCUAUUGGAGCAUUUGCUAGGGACAACUCUGAAGCAAUCCUGGCUGCGUCAAUGCUCCUGUCAUGGCAAGCGAUUGAAUGGCGGAGUUGGGCUUCCUUACAGCAAGGCGUCUCUACAGUUUUGAACGCCAUGAGACCCUGGAUUCACGAAUCCGAGAUUGCCAAUUAUAUAGAGUCUCAACGAUCCGUUGCUGGAGCCCGGACGCCGGUAACUCCCAGUUUCCCUCAGACACAACCAAGAACAGAAGAUCUUGCACGCCUGGAUCAAGCAACUGCAGCACUGCACGAUCUACGAGCACGAUUAGCAAACAACGCUGAGCUGUCGGACUUGACAUCUCGGCUGCUCCUUUUCUUGCAAGACUUGCGUCGUGAUUUUCCAUUACAAGCUCCAGAAGAAGCAUUCGAACGCCUCCAAGAACUUCGGCAGUGGCUUUUCUGGCUGCCACCAGCACUCUUUAGACCGGGAGAGUCCGAUCUGGGAGCGAUGGCAGUACUUUCCCACUUCUUUGGCGUGGCGCUGGCCCUAGAUCCUCUGUUUCCAGAAAUUGGAGGUUCUUAUUUAGGCUCUAUGUCUGUCAUGCCAAUCGAGGAUAUGCAGCGUGUCUUAUUGGCAAGACGAGCUGCACAUCCACAAGAGACUGGUGUUAUUACCGCACUAAGUCUUAUGGAUGUGCCGUUGCGAACGGUCUCGAGCUACAAAGCAAAGCAACAUUUCCUCGCUCAACGCCCUCAAUCUUAUCAAGCCUCUCCGCAUAGCCCUUACCCUGCAUCAGUCUCACAGACUGCAUCUUCUCCAGAAGCCAUGCCUCGUUCGGUUUACGCUCAUUCUCCAAUGCAAAGCCCGGGCAAUCACCCGUCUCAGGGCUCACCUUAUAUCACUUCUGGGUCAGGCAGUUCUGGAGCACGACGGUCAUCUGGCUAUUUUGACGCCGUGCCGAGAGCGUCAUCACAGCCAUAUGAGGAUAACAAUUAUAUGUACAACUAUAGUGGGCCGCCUCUCGGGUCGAGUGCUGGCUACUCUUCGGGUCAACAGAGAAUGGAGAGCCACCGACCUCCUAGCAGUGGAUAUGAAACAUCGUCUUUUCAGGCCUAUGGCAUCGAGACCGGGGAUACAUCAGGACCGCGGGCUGAGACUGAGCUCAAGGGCAAGGGCAAACAGCGGGAAUGA